AUGGACAACCUGCAAAAGUGUUAUGAAGAACAAACCAAGGUUAACGAUGAACUAAGACAGAAGAUUAUUGAUUUAGAAAAUAGAAGGAAUAACAUACGAAUUCUUGGUCUUGAAGAGUUAACUGAAGGCGAUCCUCCUAUGGAAUUUUUUGCAAACCUUCUGGUUCAGCUAUUUCCUGAUACUUCAAAAUCGACACCAAUGAUUGACCGAGUGCAUAGAAUACCUGCGAACAGAAUGUUUACAAGCAAACCUCAUUCAUUGCUAAUCGCUUUUCAUGAGUUUCAAACAAAGGACCAUAUAAUUCGUGAAUCUUAUCGGGAAGGACAGGCGGUGGGAUGUCUUCUUUGUUACUGUCGCGAAAUGGAAGAGCCUUGGGUGAAAGGAGAGUGGCGCCGCGGUGGUAGGAUCGGCAGGAGAUGGCUCUGGUUGCACUGCCUGUGCUGCUGCACCCUGCUGUUCCUCCUUGUGACUUUGCAGGUGGUGGUUGAACUGGGACAGUUUGAAACAAAGGAAAUAACGGGUGAGGAUUUCUACAGCGACAGAAUGGAGGAUUGGAAUCUGGUGAAUGACGCAAAUGAUUUACAGAACAGUGUGAAGCAAUAUUCUGAUUUGGGAAAUGAGUGUCCCAUUAUUCUGUGGUGGUCACCACUGACUGGAGAACUGGGCCGCCUAGGCCAAUGUGGAAGAGAUACCUGUUUCUUUACUGUAAACAGGACCUAUCAGGAUCAUCGAAUGACACGAGCAUUCUUGUUUUAUGGCACAGACUUUCAGAUUGAUAGUUUACCGCUGCCUCGGAAGCCCCAGCAUGAAUGGGCCUUGUUCCACGAAGAAUCUCCUAAGAAUAAUUACAAGCUUUUCCACGAACCCACUGUCACAUUAUUUAAUUACACCUCCACAUUCAGCCGCAACUCUCAUUUGCCACUGACAACCCAGUAUCUGGAGAGUAUUGAAGAGUUGAAGUCACGUAAAUAUAUGCUCCCUCUGUCUGAGAAGAAUCGUUUGAGGGAGCACCUGGCCCCAUUGGUGUAUGUCCAGUCUGAUUGCGACCCUCCAUCAGACCGAGACAGUUACAUACGAGAAUUGAUGAAAUAUAUCCAGAUAGACUCUUACGGUGAAUGUCUACAUAACAAAGACCUUCCAACUGGCCUGAAGGAUCCAACAGCCAUGGAUGACGAUGCAUUCUACUGGAUUCUUGCUCAGUACAAAUUCAUUCUUGCUUUUGAGAAUGCUGUUUGUGAUGAUUACAUUACUGAGAAACUGUGGAGACCAUUUAAGUUAGGUGCAGUUCCAAUUUACUUUGGUUCCCCAAGUGUAGCAGAUUGGUUGCCCAGCAAUAAAAGUGCAAUACUUGUGGGAAGCUUCACACACCCCAAGGAACUAGCUGACUAUAUUAUACAACUGGAUGGUGAUGAUCAGAGCUACGAGGUCUUCCUCGAGUGGAAGCAGAAAGACUUAAUCUCCAAUGAGAAGCUGCUAACUGCCAUGAAAGAACGCAAAUGGGGAGUUCAAGAUGUUUCCCAGGACAACUACAUCGAUGCCUUUGAGUGUAUGGUGUGCAGUGCAGUGUGGGAAAACCUUAGAAGAAAGCAAAAGGGUUUAUCACCAAUUGAAUGGCGGGGACAAGCCAACCACCUCAGCUGUCCAAGGCCAAAGGCUUUUCCUUUCUCACCACCCUCAAACGGGGGGACACUAGUCCGAGAUUUGUGGAUGCCAAGCUUUGACCAAUCAAAACGAGAAGCUGCAGCACUGAGGCACCUAGUGGAACUGAACCGAAACUUCACAGUGGAAACCUUCUGGAGGAUGGUGUUUAGUGACUAAUGACACUGAGAUUAAUAUUUAUUCUCAAAAAUCACCUAUUCUUCAGAUUCUUUUGAGGACUGCAUAAAUCUAGAAUAAGUGCAUUCAGUGAUAACAAUAUCUGCACAGAUUUCAUAUGAAAUCCAACAAAUAAUUACUAGAGGCCAUAUUGUGGCUAGGUGAUUAUUUAGUUCAAAGUGAUUUAUCGGUUAGCUUCAGUCGAAAUCAUCUUGAAAGUAGUAGUGUUUUCUUUUGCACUGGAGAUUUCCUCAAUAAGAACUUUGGCACAUUCCAUGGGCUUUGGAAGGAUGUCAAUGCGAGAUAAGUGUUCUGAGUAUGCCCUGUUAUUUUUCUGCAAGGGUUAACCCUCUGAAAUGACUAGAACUUUCCAUCACCAGAAUAAAAGUGAUAGGAGUCUCAGAAACCUUAAUUGUCAGUGCAAUUAACCCACACUGUCUUGGUGAGGUUGCAGUAACAAGAACUAAAUAGAAAGUCUAAAUGGAUUGCACACAGUUGCAUAUCAAGCAAUACUUUUCAUAAAAGCACAAUUUCGACUUGAAUUCACCAGCAAGUAAAUGACAAAAUAUGAACUAUGCAACAGAGACUCAAGAGUUCUCCCCUCCCUCACAUUAGCUGGUGAAACUCAUAUUUGUGCCUUUGUAUAUCUAUAGAUUUAACAAUUCCAGAGCUUUCAUGAUUUGAGCUUAUGUGAACUUCAGCUCCUGGUGAUUUUUUUUAGAUUUUGCUAUUUGGAAUUGCACCCAUUAGCUUUGUGGUCACUGGACUGUCUCGAUUCCUAGAACUGUGACAUCAGAACAAAAUACUACUGGGUGUAGACAAGAAUGUGAAAUUGAAGUUACCAUUAGAUCUGCUGUGAUCUCAUUGAAUGGGAAUGAGGGGUCUAGAGGCUGAGUGGUCUACUCCUGCUCCUACUUUUUACAUUAUUAAAAGUUUCAUCUUCAUUUUUCAAUUCAUCAGUGGACUUUAAUUACUCCUCAUAACCUACAGUCCUUCCCAGACUCUUAUUCUUCACCAGCACUGAACUCAUCUGGAGCACCUAAUUUUCCUCUCACCACCAGUGACAUCUGAGGCCUUAAGUUCUUGAACUCACUACAUGAGCCCUUCCACCUUUUGAUACCUUCCUUCUCUUGUUCAUAUAGUUAUAUUGAAAAUUGCUUCAAUAAAAUGCUUAGGAGUGAAACUAGAAAAUGCCAAAGACUCC